CGGCAGAAGAGGCGGAAAGAUGGCGGCGCCGCUGGCGCUGCGCUCCCGGCUGGCGGUGCUGUGCUGGCGGCUGCCGGGCGCGGGCGGUGCUCGGCCCCUCACCGGCCGCCCUCCGGGAAUAAGGGGCUGGGCGGUGCCCCCAGCGCCCCGCAGCCGCCCGCUGUCCCGCCCGUCGUCCCGCCUGACGCCGGGCAGCGGUCCACGGACGGGUGCGCAGAGGAGGCUGGUGACGUGGCGGUCGCUGGCGGCCACCUUCGUGCUGUGCGGGGGCCUUUUGGCCGCCAUGAAGAUCGUGAAGCGGCGGAAGGAGGAGGAGCUGGAGAAAGAACGAAACAGAGGCAUUGGGAAACCACUCCUAGGAGGGCCAUUCUCACUCGUCAGCCAUGAGGGACAGCCAAAGACCAGCAAGGACUACAUUGGCCAGUGGGUGCUGAUCUACUUCGGCUUCACACACUGCCCUGACAUCUGUCCUGAUGAACUUGAGAAAAUGAUUCAAGUGGUAGAUGAAAUUGAUAGAAUUCCAUCUUUGCCUAAUCUGACCCCACUCUUCAUCACCAUUGAUCCUGAAAGAGACAAUGAAGAAGCCAUUGCCAAAUAUGUUAAAGAAUUUUCUCCUAAACUGAUUGGAUUGACUGGUACCAAGGCACAGAUUAACCAAGUGGCCAAAGCUUACCGUGUGUAUUACAGUGAAGGUCCCAAAGAUCAGGACAAUGACUACAUAGUGGAUCACACAAUUAUAAUGUACCUCCUUGGGCCAGAUGGUAACUUUGUGGACUAUUAUGGCCAGAACAAGAGGAGCACUGAGAUUUCUGCUUCUAUUGCUGCACACAUGAGAAAAUACAGAUCCUAAACCACAAGGUCUUCAAAGACUGAUAUGAACAUCACCUAGAGGUUUGGCUGUAAUUGGGCACUGGAGUUACAGCAGAAACAUACAAGUGUAACAUCCUGUCAUCACAUGCUUUUAUUCCAAAUAAGAAAGGCAGAAAUACUUCUGCUAAAUACCAUUGUCAGAAAUCUCUAUAGCGUCCUCCCCAUGGAUAUUAUUUACAGAAAGAUCUAGACUACUGAAUAAAAUCUGAGACUUUUCUGGAACAUUGUUGGUAGUGAAAAAUGGAAGACUCUUCAUUUGGGAGGAACAUAUGAGUUUCUGGCAAAAUAAAUGGUCUCUCUUGGCAUGACAUCAGCAAAAGAUGGUCUCUGCAGGAGGAUGAGUACUUGGUGAAAAGCCAUGUGGGGCAUGGCAUUCUUGGAGGAUUCCUGCCCUCUUUUUUUUUUCUGCACUGUCUGGCCUUCUGGGAGAGGCAUUUCUACAGUAUCAUAAGCAGGACAGCCUUAAGAACACUUCUUUAUUAAGUUUAAGAAGGUGAAGAGCACUGAAGCAACUUCCAUGCAUGGGACCAGCCCUGUAGUGUGUGUGAUCUCUUAUUCAUCUGAAUGCAGGGAUGAAAUGUUUUUUUCUUGGUCAUUUUCCAGGUGAACACUAUUAAUUUACAAGGAAAUCAACAAUGGGUUGCAAGUAGAUUUUUUUUUCUUGUCUAAAUGAUUUUAUGCAUAGUUGGCCUGAUUGUUGUAUGCUAAGUAGUGAAGUGGGGAGGAUAGGGGGGGGUCUGUCCAUGCAUAGGGCUGUCAGAUACAUUUAAUGCAGUGCAGCAUUUGAAAAUAAAGAUUGUUUUUUAUAGGCA